UUUAUGAUAUUUCUGUACAGUAUUAUUUGUCUUGUGGCUAUUAUUGGUAAUGGAUGUGUUUGCUUCCUUGUGUUUUCAAAACGACACAUGCGAACUGUUACUAACUUUUUUAUAGCAAGUUUGGCAUUAAGUGAUAUGCUUAUGGCAAUCGUGUGCAUUCCGUUUACAUUUGUCGCGAAUUUGUUAGUGGAAUGGCCCUAUGGAUAUGCUUUUUGUCCCGUGCUGACAUAUAUACAAGCUGUUGUGGUAUUUUUGAGUGCUUAUACAAUGCUAGCUAUAAGUUUGGAAAGAUAUGUUGCUAUAAUCUACCCUUUCCUACCUCGAUUAUCUAAAAGGAAAUCUAUUUUAGUUAUUUGUUUAUGCUGGAUAUUAUCAUGGCUGACACCCUUACCAACUGUUAUUACAUCACGGGUUGUUCAUUAUUUAGAUCCAAUGGACAAUACAACAUCUGAAUAUUGUUCUGAAGUUUGGCCGACUAAUAAUCAGAGAUUUUCCUAUUCAAUAACUAUAAUGAUUUUACAAUAUUUUAUACCAUUAGUCGUUUUGAUCUAUACUUAUUCUCGUAUUGUACAUAUUGUAUGGUUAAAAGAUGUUCCCAGUGUGGAUGAUGCACACGAAGGAGAUCCCCGCAAGAAGGCAAUUAAAAUGAUGAUUACAGUAGUUGGAAUUUAUGCAAUUUGCUGGUUACCUUUGCAUGUUAUCACGAUCACAGAAGACGUAGUACCAACACUUUAUGACGCACCUUAUAUGAGAUGGGUUUGGACUGCAGCUCACUGGUUAGCAAUGAGUAGUUGUGUUUAUAAUCCUUUGAUAUACUGGUGGAUGAAUUCAAAAUUUCGAGAAGGGUUUAAAAGUAUA